UGCCAGCUUUUAAAAAUGAAGCUUCCAUCCUACAAGUCUACACCGGCACUUCUCAUCACUGUUCACAGGUUCAACUAGAAGAAAAAGCAAUGGCUGACCCGUGGCUCGAAGCUUAUAACUUUGCGAUUGAAAUUGCAAAGAAAGCCGGAGCGGAAAUCCGAAGGGCGUCUGAAAGUGAAAUUAAAAUCUCCACUAAGAGCUCCACGGUGGACCUGGUCACUGCUACUGAUGUAAGGGUGGAGAAAAUCAUCAUCGGGGCUCUCAAAGAAAAAUUUGGGGAUGAUGUGCAUUGUUUUAUUGGUGAAGAGUCAGCUUCCAAAAAAGGAGCCUGCAUCCUGACAGAUGAACCUACCUGGAUUAUUGACCCUGUGGACGGAACCACCAACUUUGUACAUGGAUUCCCCUUCGUGGCCGUGUCCAUUGCCUUUGCGGUUAAUAAAGAGUUGGAGUUUGGUGUGGUGUACAGCUGCUUUGAAGACAAACUGUACAAAGGGCGGAAAGGACAGGGGGCCUACUGUGACGAAGAGUCCAUUCAAGUAUCGGACAACAAAGACAUUAAGAAGUCAGUCAUCAUUUCAGAAUUUGGGACAGACCGAGAUCGAUCCAAAGUGAAAAAGAUCUGCUCCACUAUGGAACGAAUCCUUCUGAUACCAGUUCAUGGGAUCCGUGGCACAGGAACAGCCGCCACUAACAUGUGCAUGGUAGCGCGUGGAUCGGUGGAGGCCUUCUUCGAGAUCGGUAUCCACUGUUGGGACGUAGCAGCUGGAGCGGUCAUCGUCCAGGAAGCAGGGGGCGUGGUCUGUGAUGUAGAUGGAGGGCCUUUUGACCUCAUGUCCAGAAGAAUGAUGUGUGCAAACCAUGCUGAUAUCGCAAACCGGGUCAUUAAAGAAAUCGAAAUAUUCCCAUCAGACAGGGAUGAUCAGUAGAGGGCGCUCUUCAAAAAUAGAAUGUACUGUUUUUCCUGUAGUUGUAAUAAAG